AUGCAGCCAUUUGAGCCAAAGAUAAAGACGGAUGAACCCUCCCUUCCCUCUCCUCCUCAAACUCGCCGCUGCACGCCCCCCGCCACGGCUGCGCUCCUCUCCUUACACCGCCACCAGAGAUCACUCGCUCUCCUCUCCCUCCGCCGCAACAUCCUCCACGCUCUUCUUCAUCUCCCCGUCGGUAUCGGCGGCGCCGCUUCUCCUCCGGCAAUCCUCAUCCUCGGAUUCAGGGGACACGGGAAGAGCGCAUUCAUCAACACGGCCUGCCGCGCGCUCGCAGGAGAGGAGGGGCCGUUGAUUCUCCGGUCGGAGACGUCGCCGGUGGGAUUUCCUCCGGCGAAGGCCAUGCGGUUGGCGGUGAGCGUGGCAGCGGCCGCGGGAUGCAGUUGCGGUGGUUGGGUGGAGAAGGUGGGGGAAGCGGAGAUGGUGGUGGAGGUCAUUGAUGCUCCGCCGUCGGCCCCGCCGUCGGCGGAGACGGCGGUGGUGAUGAUCGCUGCUGCCGAAACAGUUUCGCCGGAGUGCGUGGUGCUGGUGAUGAGAUGUAGCCGGCAGGAGAGGGAACGCCGCCUGGCCGUCAGGCGGCUGACGGAAAUGGCCGGCGAGCUCAGGAACAGAGGGCUGCCUCUAUUGGUAGUAUUAACUCAUAAGAGGUCUCUUGGAUACUGUAAGCAAGAGGAACUCAAGCUCGAAGUAGCCUUCAGUGCAAGAACUGAUUGUGUCUACUUCAUCGAGAACUACACUGCAGAGUCUUCGACGAAAUGUGGGGGUCUGACGGUCGUUAAGAACGACUUCGAUACUCACCACACUGCUCUGGCAAUCAUCAGACAGUGUAUUGAGUUUGUAGCGCAGCGUCGAAGACAAUCAUCGCUAAAAAAGAUUGAUUUAGCAACAAAGUUUGAUGAAAAGAAUGAGGAGGAUGUAAUUGAUUCUAAAAGAAGUUGAUAAGUUUGUCUUUCCCAAAAAAAAUUGUGAUUUGAGCUGUGUUUGCGGUUGGUUAAUAACUUUAUUAUGAUU